AUGGAAAAUGGACGAGACGAUGUGCCAAUCUCAAUCAGGAAACUUACUCUGACAAAGGAACUGAAAGAUGACAUAGAGAAUGGCAAGUACGAAGAAGGCUGGUUUUAUCCCACUGACGGACGGCCAGUGAGAAUCGACUGGGACGUGAACACGACGUACAGCCUUGGACGAGACGAAGGAAAGGUGUUCAAUUUCAGAACCACACUGAGAACGCGAUACGAAGAAGAACAAAUAGUCUGGGAAGAAAUGGAAUUUCAUGAGUGUGCCGAGGAGUGGAGAGACAAAGGCACAACGGUCAUAGUACCAGAGAUCGAGAAAGCAGUGGUCAUCACGAUCAUGGAAAGAUUUCCGAGAAGUGUUGAAGAUUACGGAGAGUACAGUAGUCCGUACAAGAGAAAGGAAUCAGAAGAAAAGCGUGAUGUGGAAAUGGAAACACAAGAGCAGGACGACUUAUGGAAAGGGAGAUCAGAAAAGGAGUUGCAGCGAGAGAUUGAAAAAGGAAUCGAAGAAUUGGAACAAGCGCCAAGUUCUGGGUUCGCACCAGGACCGCAUAUGCAAGAAGAGAACGAUGAGAGUGAGCGAAAGAAAGUUGAAGAACAACUUCCGAAACUUGGAGAAGUAAUGGAAGAGAGAAUGAAGAUCGGAGGAAUCGAGCUUACACCAGCAAGUACGAUAAAGCAGUUGAGAAAUGCUUGCGAGUUCCUCAAGAUAGGAAAGACAGGAAGUAAAGACGGUCGAAGCAGCCGAAGAGGCUACCGCCAUCAAGUGGAAUCGAAGUGGCGCCGAUCGAAGGACCUCCAGUACAAGUCCCGAGAACUCCAGCAGUUGGUCUGGAGACACCACAGUAUAGCCCAACAGCAUCGGAAAGACCAAGUGAUGCAAUGGCAUCUGAUCCACCGACAAGUGAUGAUGAUGACAAUGACGAAGAUCCCGGCGAAGGCCAAAGAAGUUCUGAAGCAAGCAGCAGGAAAGGAGCAGCGGCAAGGAAAAGAGAUGAAGCAAGAAGAAGAGCCGGAAGGAACGAGCAAAAGAGAGCUCGAAGGAGCAGCCGCAGAAGAACCUGAAGCCAUAAGGCCGAGAGUCGACGAAGGAAGCGGACAAGUUGAAGAAAGACCUGAGAAGAUCCAAAGAGGAGAACCCUCAGGAACGGUGAGAAGGAUAAUGGCCACAAGAAGUGUGCAAGAAGUUGCGUCAUUCCUUAGGAAGGAUUUGCCGAAGUACCAUGACGACGAAGAGGUAGAGUUGGAAGAGUUUGAAGGACUCGAAGUCGAGUUUGAAGAGCCUGAAGAGGAAAGAAGCUCAGAGCUCGGAGAAGACGAAGAGUUCGAGGAAAGCAUGCCAAAGUGGUCAAACAAGUUCGAAGAUGGACCUCCGAAGUUGGACGAAGAUGAGCUGACGAAGGUCGACGUUGUGUCAAGAGAGCACGAGAUACGCCGACUCACAGAGAUGAAAGUCUUGAAAGAGCUGCCUGAAGGCACAAGUGUGAGCAACUACAAGUACCUCUCAACCAAAGUUGUCUACGAUUGGAGGCAUCGAGACAGUGAAUGGCAACGGCGUGGCCGGUUAGUUGCCCGUGAGUUCAAAUGGUUGGAGUCAACGGACAUCGCAUCGUUAUUUUCCCCAACGGGAGUUGCGAGCACAGUGAAGUUACUCUCAGCAAUGUUUGUGUCGUCGAACGACCACAUCCUUGGAAGUAUCGAUGUAGGAGAUGCCUACUUGAUGGUGGAGCAAGAAGAACCAACAGUCGUCGAAUACAUGACAAGCCUCGGAUAUGUAGGAGAGUUUGUGGACCAAGAAGAAGUUGAAAGGAAUGUACAAGUGCGAAGAACGAACGGCAAUGGCCGAAGCGGCAAUGGCCGAAGAAUGAAUGAUGAGCGAUUGGCGAAGAUCAUACAAGCUGUAACGAUGGCUGUGUUGAUAGGAAUGGGAGAAGCCAAGAAAGCCAAGGAAGAAGACCAAGGACUGGGAAUAGUCAUGUGUAUCAUGAUUGGUUGUGUGACAUGCAUGGUCUGUUGCACAGUUUAUCCCGCAGCCGUUUUCUUGCUCAAACGAGUAGGAAAAGAGGAAAAGAAGAAAGGAAGGAGAACGAUGGAAGAAGAGAAGACCCACGAACAAAUGAUGGAAGAAAAAGUGGAAGAGCUGAAGGAGAUGAAGACAGGAGCCGAGGAGCGAAGGAAGAAGUUACUGGAGAAUGCUCCAAAAGAAGAGGAACAGGCUGAAGAGCCAAAGGAAGAGGCCAAAGAAGAACUGAAGGAGGAGAAGAAAGAGAAGAAAGAAAAGAAGAAGGAGAAGGAUUCGUCGUGCAGUGAUUCUGCAAGCGAGUCAUCUUCAAGCGAGUCAAGUUCGAGCGACGAGAAAAAGGAGAAGAAAGCAGAAAAGGACCAGAAAGAAGACAAGGACCAGGAAGAAGUCAAGAACCAGGAAGAAGUCAAGAACCAGGAAGAAGUCAAGAACCAGGAAGAAGUCAAGAACCAGGAAGAAGUCAAGGACCAGGAAGAAGUCAAGGACCAGGAAGAAGCGCCUGAGAAGGAAGGAAAAAAGGAGGAAGAAGCCGAAAAGGCCGACGAUGAUGAAAGAUACGUCCUCCUGGCAAAGGAAGGCCUAUGGCCAACGAUCUUAAGCUCAAUGCAGCUGGACGAAAAGGGAGCAAAGAUGCUCGAAGCGACAGGGAUCGAUGGCGACGCCCUAAGGUCCGAAGCGACGCAGAGAAUGUUCCAAGAGUUCAAGGAGACGAUGGAGAGUCCAGUCGUGAAGAUUCCAACGGGAUAUGGAACAAGGGUGCAACAAUGGUUGGCAGCCCUGAAGGAGCAGGAAGAAGAUGAGAAGGACUCGGACGAGUUGAUGUACGAAGAUGUCGUCAAUGCAGAAAAGGAAGCGGAAGAUGCCGAACGGGCAUAUGGCGAAAAGUACCGCGAGGUUGAGAAGAUGAUGGAAGAGUGCAAAAGCCUUAAGUCCACGAUGCAGAAGAAGAAGAAGGAAGCUGAAGGACAUUUGGCGGAGUACAAUGAGUUCAAGCACUCGAGAAGAAUGCUGAGCGUGGUAAGGAUGCUUGUAGAGACAAGUGAAGAAGUGAUGAAGUGUUUGGUGGAAGCAUCACCAGACUACGGUCGGAUUUUCGAAGAAAGACCGAGAGUGUCCUUACUCGAGCGAAUGCGCAAAAGGAAAUUGGCCGAAGGAGCCAGCGAGGCAGAGUCAAUGGCUGCAGGCUCGGAAAGGCAAGUGAAGACAAAGGCAAUGCCAAAGCCGUUGAAGAUGCGCAAGGAGAUGGCAGAAGUUGUGCACGUUGAUGAUGCCAUCGAAGAGAAGAAGGAUGAAGGUGAAGGAAAGGAGAAAAAGAGAGAGGAAGACCUGAGCAAGGUCAACCCAAGGUGGCUUUUGAAGUCAAGUGAAAGGAGCACCCGAAGCGAAAAGGAGACGGGAACGCGCCAGCCCGGAUGCUUUUUCUGUAAGGGAUCGCAUCGUGCGAUCAAGUGCCAAGAGAUGCUGGAUUUGGCAAAGGAGAUCACGGGAAAAGUCCCAAGUCUCGAUUGGCGAGAGAAGGAGAAGCGUGGUCUGUGGUGCAAGUGGUGCUGGUACACAACAAAGAACCCGUCUGAGCAUACGGGGUGGGGAAGCCACACCCACCAAAGGUGCUGGUACCAGAAGCAAGGCCAAGAAGUUGAGGCCAAAGUCAAAGCUGAGAAGGAAAAGGCAGGAGCGAAGGAAGUUAAUGAUGAAGUCCAGAAGAUGGUAGAUAUGAGCGAGAGACCUGCCGAGCCAAAGGGAAUGCCACCGAAUCCCCAAUGGGGGUUGGAGACGCUCAAGAAGAGAAAGGAGCCAGAAACGCCAGGACCAACCGUCGAAGAAGUCCAGACGAGCGAUGAAGAAGCGAAGAAGAAACAAGCAAAGGAGAACAUCAAGAAGAUCAAGAGAGAAGAAAGGAGAAAGGAACGUGAAGAGAGAAAGAAGGCAAAGAAAGAAGAGAAGAAGGCAAAGAAGGAAGAAAGGAAAAAGGCCAAAGGAAGCGAGGCCAAGGAGCCGACAGCCGAGAUCGACAAAGAGGAUCUGUAA